AUGGCCCUGUGGCAGCAAUCGUCAAAUCAGUCUCGGCUGGACAGAGGGGCAGAAAAGAGGUUCACACCAGUAGCUUUGAUGAAAGCUGUGCCUCAAGCUGGGGUCAGAGCCCAGCCCGGGGGUGCUUAUAAGGGAGCCCUGACAGAUGCGCAGAGAAGGCUGGAGCGGCUGGGCAGCUGCCUCCCCUCCAAACUUACAGCGACGCACCAAAGCAGCGCAGCGCACACGGAGAAACCGGACAUUGGUUUUGAUCAGGGUCCCAGCCUUCAUCGACUGCCUGAGAUCUGCAGUGGAUGA